AGGGAGAGGCCAGCAAAGGCCCGGCUCCGGUGGCUCCAGCUUCCCUCCCACUCUGGCUCCCCAGGGGCUGCUCUGGAAUUCUCUUGGUGCCCGCUGUUGCCAUGCACUCGGCUGGGCCUCCCAGAGCCGAGUCCCCCAUGCACAGGCAGGAGAAGGAUGCAGAGCUGGAUCGGAGGAUAGUUGCCCUGCGCAAGAAGAACCAGGCCCUGCUCCGCAGGUACCAGGCCUGUCAGCAUCUGUGUCUCUGUGCACCUGGGGGGCCGUGGCGUGUGCUGACCCCGGGCCCUCCCAUAGGAGAUCCAGGAGGACCGUCGGCAGGCAGAGCAGGGGGGCAUGGCUGUGACCACACCGGCGCUCCUCCAGCCCGAUGGCCUCACUGUCACCAUCAGCCAGGUUCCUGGUGAAAAGCGGGUGGUUAGCAGGAAUUGGACAAGGGGCACCUGCGGACCCAGAGUGGCCAAUGAGAUGCUUGAGGAUGAGGACGCAAAGGACUAUGGCGGUAUUUUCUGCUUAGGGGAGCGGGUAGAGCUUGCCGUGACCAUGGAGAACAAAGCAGAGGCCAAACGGAUUGUAAGUGAAAAGCCUACCAGAGCAAGGAACCAGGGUACAAAGGGGUCACCUGGAGGGCGCAUGGCCCGGAGUCCCCCCAUGCAGGUGGCCAUCAGCUCGGACUCUGCACGGAAGGGUGCUCAGGAGCCCCGGAGCCAGCCUGUGGGGGAACCCCUGGAGGUGGGCUGGGACUAUGCCCAGUGGAAGCAGGAGCGGGAGCAGAUUGACCUAGCCCGCCUUGCCCGGCACAGAGAUGCACAGGGUGACUGGCGCCGCCCGUGGGACCUGGACAAGGCCAAGCCCACGCUACAGGACUGCAGCCAGCUGAGGGAAGAAGGCCUGGCUAGGGCGGGCAGCAGAAGGGGUCCCAGGAGCCACCGGAAACUACAGCCCCCACCAUUGCUCCCUGAUGGAAAAGGUCGGGGUGGGCAACCCAGCAGAUCCUUGGUGGCACCAGCUGCAGGCAGCAAAGCCCGGGGCAAGGAGAGGCUGACUGGCAGGGCCCGAAGGUGGGAUAUGAAGGAAGACAAGGAGGAGCUGGAGAGUCAGGAGGGAAGCCAAAGCACCAGAGAUACUCCCAGUGAGCAGAAGCAAGCACAGAAGCAGAGCGGGAUGGAGCCGGGCCAUCUGGGGAGUGCCCCUGCAGCCAGCCCAGCCCUGGCAUCCCCAGAGGGGCCAAAGGGGGAGUCAGCAGCUUCCACAGCCGGUUCAGCCCCCUGCUCUCCACAGGAGCCUGACUUGGCUCCUCUUGACCUUUCUGUAGGAGGGGCUGGCAUCCCUGGGCCUAAGGAGGGCACGUGUUUGCUCAAUCCAAGGCCUGAGGCCCAGGAGAGCCCUGUGUCUUGGCCAGAUGGCUCUGAGCAGCAGCCCCUGGGGUGGAAUAAUCACCAGGCUGAGCUGGAAGUCCAGACUUGCCCUGAGUCACAGAGAGCAGCAGUGCCUCCAGAGCCCAGAGAAGACAGGUCUGAUAAGGUUGGGGCCCAGCAGAGCCUGGCACAGAGAAGCUGGCCCCUGAGAGGAGGCAGCCAAAGGCUGAGAGGCACAGCAGGUGUGAGGCGCAGGACAGGGCGCCCUGGCCCUGCAGAAAGAUGCUGAACACAGCUCCUGGGAGCUUGGGGGGAGGAAAAGGGAAGCACUCCAUUAGGAGCCCUCCGUGUGAUGGCCAUGUGGUUGCUAUGGCUUGUGCCAGUGUCACUGAGCAGUGUGGCAAACUCGCCAGCACGACAACCUUGUGAGGGCAAGGAGUGGCCUCCCUGCAGCUCGCACACUCAUCCCUGUGCACAUGUGUGCUUUCACUCUCGGGCACAGUCCCUGGUAUAUUCCUGUACUGGUACCUGGCGUCUGAGGCUAGUGCACCCUGACCUGGGCCUACUGCUGCCCAGUCCACAAGCCUUUUCCACCAUAAUGAGAGAACAAGGCUUAGUGGCACUCACCACCUGGCUCUCCAUCACCCCCCAGGGCCUGGACUCCCUUUCCAGCUGCAGGCUUCCACUUCUGGCCUGGGCUGGAAUCCCCCAGCCCCAGAUUCCCAGGAUGCCCAACCAGGGGAAUCCUGAGGCACAGAGGACGGGAAUCCACACAGCUGGCAAGCUCUGGCCUGGGCAAAGAAGAGCAGAGCUCAUGUCUUCUCAGUGAAAAGGAGGAUCUCUGGAAAGUCUUUCUCUCUGAAAUGGGGUGGGAUGGGGAGGGACAACCUCCUCUCCCCACAGCAGGAUGGGAGAGCUCACUCCCAGGCCCCCACACCCAGGUCAGACAUCACGUGCACCCUGAACAGAGACAAGGGCCUGGCCCCGCAGCCUAGGGUCAUUUCCUGCUCUCUCCACUUCCUUUCCCCACCGCCCUGCACUAGCACCAGGGCCAGGCAAAGGCAAGAAUCAGACAGGGACUCCACAGACAGAGAAACAACUUCCAGUUAAAUAUGACAUCAGGACUUGUCUUUCCUACUAAGCCUCCAUCCCCACCCCUCCCCUGAGGCCCACGUUUGCUGAAUUAUCCGGACUCCGCACAAGCUGUGGCUUCCUCUCAGUUCAACAAACAUUUCCUGAGCACCCACUACCAGUAAUCCAGCCGGUAGGCGAUGGAGACUGCCAGCAGGAGGGAGAGAAGAAACCCAGUCAUCCAGCAGAUCUGUGCUGUUCUGGGUGGGAGCUGGGGGCAGGAUGGUGGUAGGAGCUCCAGGGGACCCUCCCACCUCUGCCUGGCAGAAGCAGGUGCCUUCUUUCUUGUUAUGUGUGCCUUCUGCUCCUGAGCCCUGGUCUGGACCUCACCACAUGGUCCCCUCUGCCCCCUCCUCUCUGGUCCUGCCAUGGCCGCUUCUCUCUGCUGAGGGCUGUGGAGUUCUAGGGAGGAUCAGGGUCACCCUGAGAUUUCUCCACUGUCCAAUGUGAGGCCUAAACCGUGGGGUCCCAGCUCAGCCUUCCUCACUGGCUCUCAACUCCACUGCAGCCCUCUAUUCAGGAAGGUGAGGCGUGUCUCUUCAGCAGACCAGACUGUUUUCAGAAGUGCUUCUCAGGCCAGGCGUGGUGGCUCAAGCCUGUAAUCCCA